CACGGCAGCGCGGGAAGGAGACGUAGGAGCCGCGCUGCCGCUGGGUGGGAGAAGGGGUGGAGCGAGCGGGAGCCGGCGCGACUGGCGGCCCCGGAAGACCAGACGGGUGCGCUGCAGCACGGGGCACCGCCGCUGCUCGCCCGCGUGAAAGUUUGCCGCUCACUUACCCUGAAUGUCAGGGCGCCCCCAAGCGCCCGAGUGUCCUCUCUCUGCGUGGCGCUUGGCGGCUCCCCAGUUGCAUGUUAGGAUUCACGAGCGGUGGUCCAGGCUACUGCUGCAGAGUCCAAGGGAGAAAGGGUCUCUGUGGUGCUGGAGGGACGUACUUGCCGGACUCUAGCGCAAGAGGUAGCCCUAGAGCUGGUGAGCUGAAUUGUUUAAUUGGAACUGUCCUCUAUAUACUGUCUUCAUUGAAGAUGGAUGUUGAAAAAAAUCAGAAGAAUGAUGAAGGUGAUAAGAAUGUACAAAGUGAAUCAGUACAAGAAGCUGCUAAAAAUGUUUUAACUGCAGAUACUUGCAGUGAGCCUUUUUCCAAUUGGAAAACAAACACAUUUUCAAAUGAAGGACAAACCCACCCUCAGAAAAAGUCCAAAGAGAAUGGUACAGCCAAAUGGCCAUUAUCUGAAUCAGCAGAACAAGUAGUUAUUGAAACAAAUAUACUUGAAAAUGAGCCUGUCUCAAAAAGAUUAAAACUGACUAUUGUAAAACACACAGAAGCAAAUGAAGGCAGCCAAUCUAAUGCCACAAUAGGUGAAGAUUCUUUUGAUGAGAUGAGCAAUACAGUAGAAGGGGUAGCAGCGAAUACCUUUUCCAUUAGUGAUUCAUUUUCCAUUAGCAAUUCGAAAUCUUUGUGUAUACAUCAUAAUUUCAAGCCUGAAAGUGAUGGUGCUGGGGAAAUACACAUGCAAAAUGAAAAUUCUCGAGAGGCUCCAGCAGUCCUUGAGUGUACAUCUUCUUUUCAAGAUAAUGAAACAAGUGUUAGCUGUACAACCAGUACUGUUGAAAAGGUUUCUAAGUGUUCAACCUGUGAUGAGGUUCCCCCCACUUACCUUGAUUUAGAAAAGCAUAUUCAAGAAAGUCACCUGAAGCAACCUAAAGAGUCUGUGAACCCACAUUAUACUUAUGAUUCAGAAUAUACUCCAUCUUUACAAAUGCGUAUCAAACAGGCUCGUGGACAGUUGAGAUUAUAUUUUUGUGAUCUCUGUGGUUUUCAGUCUUUUAAGGAAAAUCUCCUGCGGGCUCACUUUCUAGGCAAGACACACCUGCGACGCCAAGAUCUUGCUGCCCAGGGAAGAUUUGUAAAUAUAUUAACAAAAAAACCCUUUCAUAAAAAACGGCAGUACCUUGUCAAAGAAAAGAAAAUGAGAGCAAAAGUCGCCUUUAAUAAACCUAAAGUAAGGAAUACAGAAUCAAAUCAGUUAAAAUCAAGCAAUAAAAUGAAUGUGAAAACAAGCAGCCAACUUUUUGUUGAAAUGGUAUCCUCCAAACAUAUUUCCAUAGAAACAGAAAAUAUUACUAAUGAAGAAGUGUUUUUCUGUAAUGUGGAUGGGAAUCAUGAUGUCCAGGCUGAAAAACUAGACAUUUCAGGGCCCUCUGAAUACAGUCCAUGUGUAUUGCAACCUACUAAAAGUAACUCAGAGAUAACUGGCAAUUUAAACACCACAGAAAUUGAUAGUCUCCAACUAAAAAUGGCAAAAUUGCGAAGAGCAGCUUUCAGAGUAAGCCGAAAGAUUAAAAGACGAUAUUGUCUGUUAGGAGUAAGUAAAAGAAGCAAGCGUGACUCUGGAAUGAAGCACAAUAUUAGGGCUGAGUUCCAUCAGGGUGACGUAUCCCAGCCCCCCGUCAGAGCUCUACAAAUGGAAGGUGAUGUUGACCAUUUGUGUAAAGCUGCCUCAGAAAUUCAAGAGCUUAAUCCCGAUGUGCCAGAUGCAUGCUCUUCUGUCACCAUGGAACUGGAGAGUUCUCCAAAGAAAAUAGUUGGUGUCCAGAAACCUCUGCAUCCUUGUUCUCAUUGUGGAUGUGAUUUGCAGAACACAAAAGAGUUGGAAUUGGUUGUUGACAGAGAUCAUACUGAAGAAUUAAAAUUCCAUUGUCAAGCAUGUGGCUAUUCUUGUGCAACCAGGGAGGACUUUGAACAGCAUUGUCAAAAGAGUAGCCAUCCUGUGGAUGGUUGCAGGAUUAAUUGCCAUCACUGUUCACUUCUUGCACCAAACGACACAGGCCUUAGUGGGAACAAGCAUGAGGUUGAUACCAUAUCCCAUUAUUGUGUUACCUGCCAUCUGUAUUUUCUAACAGAAGAAGAAAUGGCAGCACAUAAGACAACUGAACAACACAUUGGUUUAUUAUCUCAAGAAAAUACUUUUCAGCCUUUUAACAGUGAAGUAACUAUGCAAACAGCUUCUUGUGCUACAGUGGAAUCAAAUAUUCUUCCAAAAGUUGUCUGUGAUGUAGAAGUUAAAAUUCAGCAAGAAAUCCCAAAGCCCUGUGUGGUACAUCCUGGUAAUGAUUUCAAGGAGUCUGUUUUGAGCAGAACCCAGUUUCAGUGCAAGAAAUGUUUUUAUAAAACAAGAUCUUCCUCUGUUCUCACAAGACACAUAAAACUUCGACAUGCUCAGGAGUAUCAUUUUCUUUGUAAAGCAUGCAACCUCUAUUCAUUAAGCAAAGAAGGGAUGGAAAAACACAUCAAGAGAAGUAAGCAUCUAGAAAAUGCCAGAAAAAACAAUAUUGGUUUACUCUUUGAAGAAUGUAUUGAAAGGGUAUGUGUAGGUGUAAGUGAUGGUAAAAAAGUAACAGAGCCUUCUGUUUAUGGGAACUCAAAGACUGUAUCAGAAAAUGAAAGCAUACAGGUGCCAUUGUGUACUCUGGAGAAUGUAUCAAUAAAUAAAGAGUUCCCUUCAGGUGAAACUAUUAAAGGCACUGACUUGGUUCGGGGUAGUGCACCCAAAAGAGGGAGGCCUAAAGGCACCAUUUCUCGGACAUGUCCUCAUUGUGGUUUAUUAGCUUCCAGUGUUACAAACUUGACAGUUCACAUUCGUCGAAAGCAUAGCCACCAGUACAGCUAUUUGUGUAAAGUGUGUAAUUAUUAUACUGUAACAAAAGGUGACAUGGAACGACAUUGCGCUACUAAAAAGCAUAAAGGCCGUUUGGAAGCCAAUGGAAAACAAAAUCUAGAGAUAAUUGUGUGUCCAGAAGGAAAUAAUGUUGAAGCCAGUAGUAAGAAGAUUAAUAAUUCAGUAAGUAUUUUGAAUGAAGCUGUUGACCAUGGCAGUCAGUCUUUACAUUUGGACACUGCUGUUUUGGAAAAGCAGGGAGAUGAUCUAGGCAAUACCAACGAAAUGCAAGUUGACAAUGUGCUUCAGCUUCCUGAACUAGGUAGAAACGGGAACUCUGCAGAAAUAAAAGAUCCUAUAAUUGCAGAGCUAGUUAAUAUUAGUGCAGAUAGAGACUCAUUGGGUCAGGCAAGACCUGCAAGUGUAAAUGAUCAUAAGUGUGCUCAUUGUAGCUUUGUUGCACAUUCUUUUUCUUCUCUGGAAAUGCAUGUAAAACGCAAGCACACUAAAGAAUUUGAAUAUUAUUGCAUGGCUUGUGACUACUAUGCAGUUACUCGCCGAGAAAUGAUUAGGCAUGCAGCAACUGAGAAGCAUAAAAUUAAAAGACAAUCUUAUAUAUGUGCUGGAGAGGAGAUGGAUGCAACUGAUAUUACCAAAGAAUCUGCUGUUGUGUCUCAAGAAGAGUGUCAACCUACAGAACAAUUUCAUAUUCUAUUGGAUGGAUCAAAAUACAAAGAAAACACUGAAGAGCAAAGUAUUGAUGAGCAGGUUAGUGAGAAAGGGAAACAGUCACUUAAUUGUUCUGCUUCAGAAGAUGAUGUUCCUUCAGAGUUCUCUAAAGAAGGUUAUGGUGGUGCCAGUACAGAGGAUGAGAUGGAAGAAGGAACUGACCAAGGCAGAGAAAAUGUGGCUGGCCAAGAAAUUGUACAAAAAGAUGUAGUGGUUAAACUUGGUGAGAUAAUUUCUUUUAAAGAAACAGUUGAUUGUGUUCUGCAGGAAAGUAUGGAUGGCCAAGAAAUAAUCAGGUCAGAUUUUCAUUUUACAACAAAAACGGGAAAUAAAACUUUAGCUUUUUGCAAAGAUUCUCCAAACUUGAAUUUUAUGAAAAACCACAAGCUGGAAAAAGACAUUGAGCAAGAAUAUGGAAGUACUGAGGUAUCUGCUCAGGAAGUGAAGCCAGAAGAAACACAUUUGCCCAUGCCUCCAGAACGUUGUAGCACAGUGGAGCAAGAAAAUAUUGAUGCAAAUCCUGAAAGAGAAAUUCAAAAUAUGCAUAGCUUACCACGAAAGAGAAGCAUCCAGGAGGGUUCUGGAACAGAGGAAGAGGAUGCUCUUAUAGAUGCUCAACAUGAAGCAGAAGCAUCUUUAAAUAAUCUUUGGGGUUCAGAUGGCUCAAUAGUUGAAGGUAUGCAAGAAUGCAGUAAUGAGGUUUUGGACUCUUACACCAGUGCUGAUGCCAGAGUGAAGGAAGGGAUGGUAGUGCAACAUUGUGGCCAGUUUGAUUCCUCUAUAGUAAAAUUAAAAAGCCAUGAGGAUGGUUGUGAGCCAAUCGAUCAUUUUGCUGAAGGACAGCCUCUGAGUGGACUAAAGGUUUGUGAGACAGCCAUAAAAGCAGAUGUUCCACAAGGUGGUGGAAAGAAAAAGAAGGCUGAAGGAAAUUCACUUGGGGAAACUAAACGUAUUCGCUGUGAUGAUUGUGGCUUUUUAGCAGAUGGUUUGAGUGGACUAAAUGUUCACAUAGCUAUGAAGCACCCUUCAAAAGAGAAACACUUCCACUGUCUACUCUGUGGAAAAUCAUUCUACACUGAAAGCAAUCUUCACCAGCACCUGGCUAGUGCCGGCCACAUGAGGAAUGAACAAGCUAGUGUUGAAGAACUUCCAGAAGGGGGCGCUACUUUUAAAUGUGUGAAGUGCACAGAGCCUUUUGAUUCUGAACAAUAUUUAUUUCUUCAUAUUAAAGAACAACACGAAGAACUGCUCCGGGAGGUCAAUAAGUACAUUGUUGAAGAUACUGAGCAAAUCAACCGAGAGAGAGAAGAAAAUAAAGGCAAUAUUUGCAAAUAUUGUGGGAAGAUGUGCGGAAGUAGUAAUUCCAUGGCCUUCCUAGCUCAUAUUCGCACACAUACAGGAUCAAAGCCAUUCAAGUGCAAGAUUUGCCACUUUGCAACAGCUCAACUAGGAGAUGCCAGAAACCAUGUCAAGAGGCACCUUGGGAUGAGGGAAUACAAGUGUCAUGUCUGUGGGGUGGCAUUUGUAAUGAAGAAGCACUUAAAUACACACUUACUGGGAAAACAUGGAGUUGGUACCCCCAAAGAAAGGAAAUGUACUUGCCACUUGUGUGACAGAAGCUUCACAGAGAAGUGGGCACUGAACAAUCAUAUGAAACUUCACACCGGAGAAAAGCCAUAUAAGUGUACAUGGCCUACAUGCCAUUAUUCCUUCCUUACAGCAUCAGCCAUGAAGGACCACUAUAGGACGCAUACAGGCGAGAAGUCAUUCCUGUGUGACCUUUGUGGCUUUGCUGGCGGGACACGUCAUGCCCUCACCAAGCAUCGGAGGCAGCAUACAGGAGAGAGACCAUUUAAAUGUGAUGAAUGUAACUUUGCUUCCACAACCCAAUCACAUCUGACACGGCACAAGCGCGUCCAUACUGGAGAAAAACCCUACAGAUGUCCUUGGUGUGACUACAGGUCGAACUGUGCUGAAAAUAUCCGCAAGCAUAUCCUACACACAGGCAAACAUGAAGGCGUAAAGAUGUAUAACUGUCCCAAGUGUGAAUAUGGUACAAAUAUUCCUGUGGAAUUCCGCAACCACCUGAAAGAAUUGCAUCCUGAUAUUGAGAACCCUGACCUUGCUUACCUGCAUGCUGGCAUAGUCUCCAAGUCCUAUGAAUGCCGAUUGAAGGGUCAGGGAGCUACGUUUGUAGAAACCACAAGCCCAUUUACCACAGCAGCCCUGGAUGAAAUUUCUCCAGUUAAGGAGAAGGUCCUUCAGAGUGGCAGAAGACUUCCCCAACCUGCUGAACAAGUUCAGCAGGUGAUUAUUAUCCAAGGAUAUGACAGUGAUUUUGCAAUUGAUGCCUCAGUUGAAGAAACAGCAGCAGCAACUCUUCAGACUUUGGCAAUGGCUGGUCAAAUGGCAAGGGUUGUCCAUAUUACUGAAGAUGGACAAGUUAUAACCACAAGUCAAAAUGGUUCUCAUGUGAGCAGUAUGAUUCCAGGACAAAUACUCACAGAACAACUGUCAGAUGGGAAAACGCAAGUAGUGGUCGUUGAAGGCCCUCUAGGAGAAACUGAUACUGGUGAUACUGUUUCCAUAGAGGCAGCUUCAGACUCCAAUAAUAGCAUAGUGCAACAGAUAAUGAAAAAGGAAGAGUUAGAUCCAUCAGAGAUUGCCAGAGUGCAUCCACCAGAGUCUGCCUCAGCACUGGAUGCCUUGCUGUGUGCUGUAACAGAGCUUGGUGAAGCAGAGAACAAAGCAGAACUCCUGGGCAGGACUCAUGGCAGAACAAGACUUGGUCCCAAAGAUACAUUACAAAUAUCAAACUCAGAAGCAGACAUCAUUUCUAAUGUCAGCAUAGCACAGGAAGCACAAAUGUUCCAUGGCAUUCAAGGGGCUGAGGAAGAAAGAGAACCCAUGGAAGUAGUAACACAGGUUGUACACCCAACUGCCCUAAUAGCAUCUCAGGAGAGAGCUCAGGUUGCCUUCAAGAAAAUGGUCGAAGGAGUGCUGCAGUUUGCUGUGUGUGAUACAGCUGCAGCAGACCAGCUGAUUAAAGAAGGUGUCACUCAGGUUAUUUUGAAUGAGGAAGGAACUGUGCAUAUGGUGGCUAGAGAAGGAUCUCAGAUCAUAAUGCAAGAAGCUGGCAGCCAUACACUGAGUGUCCAAAGUGAACAGAUGGACUUGGUUGGGUCCGAUGGAGAAAUUUCACAGAUCAUUGUCACAGAGGAAUUGGCUCAAGCCAUGGUUCAGGAUUCAAACAGCAGUUUCUCUGAUGGCCCAACCCAUUACAUUGUAACAGGAUUACCACAGGAAAUAGCAGAUGAGUCUGGAAUAUAUUCACAUACUGUGAUAGAGACCGAUGAGCCUCAAGAGAUGUUGCAGGCUAGCACUGUUAUAAAUUCCAAUAAUGUAUCUUCUGAUGAAAAUGGUGAACACCUAGCUAGUAUGGUCAUUUAUACAGAGGAUGGUUCACAAACAGCUAUUAUCCAGGGCCAAAGAGAUAGCAAUGAGCUACAAGAAGUAUGAAAGAACUCUACUGUUUAGGUUUGACAAAAGACAGGGUUAAAAAUUAGAUGCUUGGAGACAGUAAAAUAUUCUUGAAUGUUAUUUGGCUAUCCAGGUAUUCAAAGUGUUCUCUGUGAAGUUAGCAUCAACAACUGAGAAAACAAUACAAAAAGGGAAUUUGCCUUGCCUUUGCAUGAACAAUGGUCAAACAAUGGUUACAAUGGUUACAAAUGUUGAAAGGUUUACAAAAUAAAAUCAAAACAGGCAUAAUUACAGCCACCAAAAGGUAUCAGUGUAAGUCUCUUUGUUUAGGUUAUUUUGUUAAUCAACAGUUCAUUGCAUUGUGACUUUUUAGUCUUAACUGUCUUUUUUGUGAUUAUGUUAAACUUAACUUGUUUCACUUUGCAUAUGGUGAGGGAAUAUUAAAUGCACCCUUAUACCUAGUUAAGAUAUGCAUUGACAGCUUGUAGACUGUUCUGUAUAAUUUCCCCUCCAAAAGCUGACCAGGCAUUCCAAACUUAUAAACAUACUCCUUCUGGGGAAAAAAAAAAAAGGUUUCCCUGCUCAAAAUCCAGUGUUCUUAGUGAAAUAAUUUCAUGAUAUAUGUUUGAGUUGCCUUUAUUUUUGUAGUAUUUGUUUCCAUUGGACUUAACAAGCAGGCUCCUCUAAAAUCAAUAGACUCAGUGGAAGUAUUCACAUAAGGAUCUGUCUUGAUUCAAAUAGGCCUUAAUGCCUGCAAUUAAAUGUUAUGUAAGUGACUUGUUCAUUUGAAAUGUUCAUUCAAUGUUUUUAUUUUGUUUUUUUUAAUCUAAUAGUGCUUCACACAGAUAUCCUUUGACAGUUCAUUUUGUGAAUGAAUUCUGGCAACAUUAGAAGGAUUUUUUUAACAUAAAAUUCUGGCAUUGACCUUAACAAGUGGAAGAAAGUUGACCUUGUAUUUCUUGCUCAAUCAGAAUAUUGAUUAUCUAGUUGUGGAUAGGUUAUGACCAUUCAUUGUAAGUUCCUGUUGAAAAGAUGCAGUUUUCUGAUUUAAAUGCUUCUGUUUCCCUAAAAAUUGUAAACUAUUAUAUGGAUGGGGUUUUUUUGUUUGUUUGUUUCCAAUAAAAAGAUAGCAUUAAAA